GUUAGGACUUAGGAAUUUGAGUCUUGGGUCUUUGGGUCUUAACUAUAUUAUUAUUUAUUUGUAUUAUUGUUCUAUAUGGUCUAAGUUUAUAAAGUUAACUUAGGACUAGGAGUUAGUCCUAGUUACUGAGUUAGGACUGGGCACAUCGUUAAAUAUAAAUUAUUCAAUUUUUGUUAACUUCAGUUGUAUAGUUCAAUUUUCAAUACUUAAAUCGUAAUUGUUUGCUAAAUGAACAUAAACUAAUGGGAGUAAUCUCAACAUUUUAUUUAUAAACAUCGUAUCCAUUUUUCUUUUUGUAGAAUUUAUCUUAAACAAGAGUAUAAUGUUUAGUUUUUAUAAUAAAAAAUUAAUGACAUGUCUUAAAUAUUUGGUGGAGUUAUAUAAAAAAUUCUGCUGAUCACAACAAAUGUAAUCAUACUAAAAUGCAGCCUCAAGAAAUUCAACCUAAAUAUGCAAAAUUAAACGUAGGUGGUUCAUUAUUUUAUACUACAAUUGGUACCUUGACCAAGCAUGAUACAAUGCUAAAAGCCAUGUUUAGUGGUCGGAUGAAAGUACUUACUGAUACUGAAGGUUGGGUCCUAAUUGAUCGUUGUGGCAAKCACUUUAAUUCUGUGUUGAACUUUUUGCGCGAUGAACAUGUAGCUCUUCCAGAUAAGACCCAUGAAAUCGCUGAGCUGUUAGCUGAAGCCAAAUUCUAUUUAAUAUCACCACUUGUUGAAUCUUGUCAACAAGCUUUACGGUCAAGACAGUGUAAAAUCGAACCACAAUGUCGUAUACCUCUUACGUCUUCUAGUGCAGACUUAAGUCAACUUAUUACAAUGAGUACAAAACCAACUGUUAAGCUUCUUAUAAAUAGACAUAAUAACAAGUAUUCAUAUACAAGUGCUUCAGAUGAUAAUUUACUAAAAAAUGUUGAAUUAUUUGAUAAACUUUCAUUGCGUUUUGGUUCAAGAUUUCUGUUUAUCAAAGAUGUUAGUGGUUCGAGUGAAAUAUGUUGCUGGAGUUAUUUUGGAUUGGCAACUAAAGUUGCUGAAGUUUGUUGUACAUCUAUUGUAUAUGCUACGGAUAAGAAACAUACAAAAGUUGAUUUUCCAGAAGCAAGAAUUUAUGAAGAAUGCCUUAAUCUAAUGCUCUAUGAAAAUCGCACUGAACCUGAUCAAGAGCUUAUGCAAGCUACAUCUUGGCGUGGUGCUGUAUCAGGUAUGUCAUCAGCUUAUGGAAGCGAUGAUGAAGAAGAACGAACUCGUUUAGGGCUUAGGAUAAGAAUGGUAUAGUGAGCCAUAACCAGCUUUUUGAAAAAGUUUU